AAACAUUUGUACCUUAAACAAAACAAACAAAUACAUUUUGAAGCGGAACCUCAAAGCGACGCCAUGUGUGCGGCUGAUGAUUUUAAUGACCGGACCGUAUUUCCUGUGACACACCAUUAACGUUACGGAUAGUGGCAGACGCGCGUGAGUCAAACAGUGUCUGUCCUGUAGGUGGAGAUGUAAGUGUUGAAUCCAGCAGGUUUCUGGCACGUCAGAGAGCAGCUGUCAGCGGAAUCACAGCUGAACUGUGACCCGGACCUCUGGACUCCGCCGCAGCUGCUCUUCUGCGGGUUGUGGGCCAUUUCUCAUCCUGAACCGAGUCUUUCUACUGCGUUCAGAGAUGAAGAGGCGACUCCUGCUGGUUUCCAACUCCACCCUGCACGGCAGUGGCUACCUGGACCACUGUCAACAACACAUCUGCAACUUCUUCGGAAAGAGUGUGAAGAGAGUCCUGUUUGUUCCCUACGCUCUCCAUGACAGAGAUGCCUACACAAAGACAGCCAGAAACAAGUUUAAGACUUUAGGUUACGAGGUGGACGGCAUCCAUGAGGCUGCAGACCCCGUUGAUGCCGUCCGGAAGGCCGAAGGAAUUUUUAUAGGAGGAGGCAACACUUUCCGGCUGCUGAAGAGUCUCUAUGACAACAAGGUGGUGACGGAGAUCAGGAAGAGAGUGAUGGAGGAUGGUAUUCCCUAUAUGGGCUCCAGCGCCGGCACCAACGUGGCCACCAUCAGCAUCAGCACCACCAACGACAUGCCCAUAGUCUUCCCUCCAUCCUUCUCCGCCAUCGGCCUCGUCCCCUUCAACAUCAAUCCGCACUACCUGGACCCCGACCCCAGCAGCCGCCACAUGGGGGAGACCAGAGAGCAGAGAAUCACCCAGUACCACGAAGAACUCGACACUCCAUGUGUUUUGGGUCUGAGGGAGGGCUCCAUGCUGCUGGUGGAGGGAAACAAAGCCACCCUGCUGGGAACCACGAAUGCCCGACUGUUCGCCAGGGGGAAGCCCUCAGUGGAGUACGAUCCAGGCAGUGACCUCAGCUUCCUGCUGUCAGAUGCACAAUGAUCAAUCAUUUGCUGUUUCUGGUCCAAACAGAAUAAACAGAAGGAAACAUCA